AUGUCUGACGGGAAAUAUGUUGAUGGGAGCUACUGGUUCUAUGCCCCUAAUAAGGGUGCUGCCAUCUUCUUCUGCUUCGCUUUCUGCUGCACAGGAUGCUUCCACAUACGGCAGUGCAUACUGUAUAAGUGUUGGAAGUUGACACCUCUGUUCUCAUUCUGCUCUCUUCUCUUUACAACGGGCUUCGCGCUUCGGGUAUAUGGAGCUUUUCAUUAUGAAAAUCUCGACAUUUUUAUUGCAAGUGUCUGCAUCACUUAUGCAGCGCCACCACUACUGGAACUUCAGAACUAUCGCAUUCUCGGCCGAAUCCUGUACUACGUCCCGUACAACUCACCCAUCCACCCUGGACGUGUCCUGACAACCUUUGGUUUUAUCUCAGGCAUCGUUGAGGCUCUGAAUGGCUGGGGUGCUUCAUACUCGGCGAAUCAAUCGUUGACCGACAGCGAGAUUGAGAUAGGUCAUGCUCUGAUCAAGACCUCAUUGCUCUUACAGAUUGUCGUGGCAAUUCUGUUUAUUACGUUGGCUGUUACCUUCCACCGCCGAUGUGUUGUCGCUGGUAUCACAAAUGAGCGGCUCAACAAGCCACUAUGGACUUUGUAUACCAGCAUGACCCUUAUCCUUGCGCGAACCAUAUAUCGCAUUGUGGAAUACUUCAGUGUUGCGGAACUCAGGUACGGUCCAGGCUUCGACCCAGCCACGAUUAGUCCUAUCGUGAGAUACGAGUGGUUCUUCUACGUGUUUGAGGCUGCUCUUAUGCUUUGCAAUCUUGUCAUGUUCAAUGUACGGCAUCCCCGACGAUACCUUCCCAGAAACAACAAGAUUUACCUCUGCCCAGACGGCGUUACGGAGAUUGAGGGCCCUGGAUACAACGACCCGAGGAAGUUGUGGCAAACCCUUAUUGAUCCUUUCGAUAUUCAGGGGUUGGUAACUGGUCGUGGCCGGGAAACUGACAAGUUCUGGGAAAUGGGCCACGGGCGGCCAGCAGACUCGACUAAAACUGUGGGAGUCAAGACUGAAUCUGUUUAG